AUGGCAACAGAAUCCGCCUCUGCGAAACGAGCACGUACGCGCAAGUCGCGUGGUCGUGGUUUACGCACUACGAAUGGAUGUUUCACAUGUCGCAAGCGUCAUAUUAAAUGCGACGAGGUGAAGCCUGUUUGUGGGGCUUGUGGGAAGCAUGGGCGGGCUUGCGAUUUCGCGAGUGGGAAUGGGAGUGCCAGUGCGAUUACGACACCGGCUCCUAGGCGGAAUUUCCUGGAUACUGUUAUUGAUGGGUCUAUUUCGCCAUCGGUUUCUAGGGCACAAAGUGUGCAGAGUCGGGUGAGGCAACAUAGUCCGGCGCGGGGUGGUGGUGGUGGUGGUGGUGGUGGUGAUGCAUCUGAGGCUGAGACUGGUGUUGCGUCUGGGGUUGGAGGUUUGUCUUGGUCGCAAGCUGAAGGGGAUGCUGGUAUUCCGUCUCAGGUUGGUACGCCUCAAGCUGUGCCUGUUGAGACGGUGCCUACUCAGACUCUCCCUCCGCAGGCCUCGCCGCAAGAUGUGUCCCCUCGGACUUUACCUCCACAUGAGAAGGCACGUCAGGAAUUGCCGUCUCAGCAUUAUUAUCCUCAGGCACCACCUGCUCAGGUGCCCAACCCUCAUGCUCCAACACCCCACGCUUCGACUCCCCAUGCGCCAACGCCCCACGCACGGCAUGAUCACCUCGCGAGUGUUGACUUGACCGCUCACCAAAGUCCCGCCGCACUUUAUCCAAACGACCUCUCUCCUUCCGAUGCAUCAUAUAUUCUACAAUCGGUAACCGGGUCAUUCUCCUCCCCUGGGCCAACCGUGAACGCGGCAGCAAGCUGGUGGUUUGAUCUGUUGGCAAAUGAUGCAGCCAGAGAUCACCAACAAGUGCCCACUAUACCAACUGGAUUUGCAAAUGACGGUCUGCCAUUUGAGUGCCCGCAAAUUGGUGAUCAAGUAGAGAUCACUUCUCUGCAACGAGCUACACAGGUACUUGAUCUUCCUCAUGUUAAUGGGAUCGUGGGCCAAGGCUCCAUAGUUUCACCUGCGCAGUCUAGCAAUGCGGGUGAAGAUGAGCAUAUCUGGCAGUCUCGACAGCCGAUUGGGCUUUUGCCUCGGGAACAUUUUCUGUUUGAGCAUUUUGUACAACAUGUUAGUCAAUGGAUCGAUCUCUUUGACCCAACUAGCCAAUUUUCUACGCUUGUUGCACAUCUGGCAAUACGGAAUGCGGGACUAUUGAACGCCAUUCUCGCUCUAGCCUGUCGCCAUCUAUCAUUAAAUCCCCAUCUCGACAACGAGGAUCUGCCAAACAAAGAAGCAGCCCUCCAGUACUACUACCAAACUCUCCACUAUGUUCAAAGAGCAAUGCAAAAGUCCAGUUACAUGACAAGCUGGGAACUCCUCUCAACAACCCUCAUCAUCUCAGCCUACGAAAUGCUAGACAACUCCUCUAAUGACUGGGAACGACAUCUGGAAGGCGUAUUCCUCAUCCAAAGAUCUCAAGUUAUCCACGGCGAAUCAGGCGGAUUACAAGCCGCUGUCUGGUGGGCAUGGCUCUGUCAGGAUGUCUGGGCUGCCUUCCGAGAAAAACGCAAGACUUUGACAUUCUGGACUCCCCAUAAACCCCUCUCGGCACUAUCACCACAUGAACUUGCUGCGCGUGCGGUGUAUAUCACUGCUAAAGUAAUCAAUUAUUGUGCCGAGGAGGGUCCACCAGUCGAGGGAUACAUUCAGCGUCGACUUGAUAAGGCUAAGUAUCUUCGAUCUAUGCUUGAUGACUGGCGGGACCAUUUGACUAUUGAGUUCUCCCCUUUGCCUGUUAGCUCUCGUGAGAAGAAGGGGUACUUUUGUCCUGUCUGGAUUCGUCCCCCUGCAUUUGGUAAGUGUUGGAUGACCAGCAAGAAAUUUGCCGAAGUAGAAGUAUUGAAGCUAACCCUCGUUAAAGCUGUUGCCAUGCAAUUUUAUUCCGCAGCGCGUAUCCUCUUGAUAGCCCACGAGCCAAGCCUCGGAGGGCUCACUCGAUAUCUGGAGCGACAAAUAAUCAUCCAGCGUUCCGCGGAGAGAAUAUGUGGCAUUGCUAUGACUUUAAAAGACGAUGCGUCUAGUCUCAUGUCGUCACAAGCUUUAUUUAUUGGUAUGCUCAGUCUAGCACAGGAAGAAAUAUCGAAUGCUAAUGUUAACGUAGCUGGAAUAUUUACCCAUGAACCUCACGCCCGAGAUGCUAUAUUGGAAUUAUUAGAAUCAUGCAGGAAGAGGACCGGCUGGCCGGUUCGUUCCUUAGGAGAUGAGUUGCAGCAAAUUUGGGACCUGCACGAGCCUACCAGAUCAUAG